AUGGCGCUCCAAUCCCCCACGCCUCACCAGCUCACGGUCGAAUCGUGGACUUUCUACUCCAUUGGGAUACUGCUCAUUGCCGGCCGAAUAUAUUCCCGCCGACUCGUGCUUGGAACCUUCCGUGAGUUGCAGGCAGAGGACUGGUUGAUGGUUUUCAAUGGUUUCAUGUACACGAUCCUCAUGAUUGGCAUCAAUAUCUCUGGCCGCACCGCCACCAACUUACUUCUCCCGGGAGAGCUCGAAACCCUGACACCGGAUGACAUUGAGCUGCGAAUAUAUGGGAGCAAGAUUGUGAUUCUGCUCGAGCAAGCGAUGUUAAUUGUGACUUGGGGGAUCAAGGGGUGUAUGAUACUGAUGUAUCAUCGACUUACGAGCAGGCUCAAUAUGCAGAUUGUGAUCAAGGCGAUCGCAGGGUAUAUUGUGAUAGGAUUCGUGGCUGUCGAGCUCGCGUGGUUCUUGAGUUGUAGGCCUUUUAAGGGGUACUGGAUGUUGCCGGUGCCGAUGGUGCAAUGCGCAACAUACCAACACUACUCAAUCACGCAAGCAACCUUCAACAUCACCUCCGAUCUUAUGAUGCUCGCCGUCGGCAUUCCCCUCCUCUUAAAAGCCAAAGUCGAACUCAAAAAGAAGAUAAUUCUCGUCGGCAUCUUCUCCUGCGGUGUCUUUGUCAUCCUUGCAGCAUGUCUAAAUAAGUAUUACAACUUCUCGAAUCCCUUCACGACAAUCUACAUGUUGUGGUACAUUCGUGAGUCGUCAACUGCGAUUUACGUAUCUAACCUACCGAUGCUUUGGCCGCUCUUCCGGCGCCUCUUCAAUGUGGGCAAAUUUGCGGACCAUAGUAGCGGCCAGAAGUACGCCCACUCGGACGGCGAGCCGCUCAGUGUGUUGUCGAGAAAGAAGCCCGGCACUGGCACGAGGGACACCAUGAGCUUUGCGGGGAGCGAGGAGAGGAUCAACAAAGGUGCUGAAGAGGGCGUGUUGGAGAUUGAGCAGAGGUUCUCUUUCUCGAUUGAGAAAGGAGAGGUAGAUGUGGAGCUUGGCAAGGGGGAAGGGCCGAGUAGGAUGGGAGGCCAUAAGGGGAGUCAUACGACAACUAUUUCGGCGACCAGAUAG